GCAGGAUAAUAUUUUUAUUGACUGGAUAAUGAUAAAUUCUCCAUUUUAGCUUCUUCUUUCUGCUCUCUCUAGAUUUCUUCACUCUACUCUCUUUCUUUCAAUUUGUAGGAAUUGUUCUCGUUGACCGGAAGUAUAUCACAAAUUUGAUUUCAUGGAUGCGGAUUAUUGGAUGGCAGCCCAGGCACAGCGCGGCGGUGCCGUUGUAGCCGCUGCAGCGGCGGAUGCCAACGGAGCUGCGGAGACAGAGGACUGGCGAACUCAGCUUCAAACUGAUUCCCGUGAAAGGAUCGUGAACAAGAUAAUGGAGACUUUAAAGAGGCAUCUUCCACACUCUGGAGAAGAAGGGCUUCAGGAACUUAGGAAAAUUGCAAUGAAGUUUGAGGAAAAGGUUUACAUUGCUGCUACAAGUCCGUCAGAUUAUCUAAUGAAGAUAUCUUUAAAGAUGUUGUCUAUGGAGCGUGGAGAUUGGCGGUCUCAGCUUCAACCUGAAUCUCGACAAAGGAUCAUCAACAAGAUAAUGGAAACUUUAAAGAGGCAUCUUCCCUUCUCAGGACCAGAAGGGCUUCAUGAGAUUCGAAAAAUUGCAGUGAGGUUUGAGGAAAAGAUUUAUUCUGCUGCUUUAAGUCAGUCUGAUUAUCUGCGCAAAAUAUCUUUGAAGAUGUUGUCUAUGGAGACAAAAUCACAAAAUCCCAUGGCCAAUUCUCUGCAGCCUGACAAUGCAAGUAGUAGUCAGGAUCCUCAAGGCUCAGGCAUUUCAUUAGCCUUGCAGGAUCAGCGGAGUGUUGUCUGAUUCCAUAUGGACAAAAUUCAUGAAAUAGUUAUUGAGAGUAGCAACAAUGUGGACCGCCUUAGAUUGCCGAUAAGUAAAAGAAGUUCAGAGUUAGGGGUUUGGUUCUGGAUUGGUGCAACUUACUGUGUUAUAAUUGGUGUAGGGAAAGUGACUUUGCCUAAGAUCAAGUGCUAUGCUUGAAAUGUUUUUUCAAUUACUGUGCUUGAAAAUGUUUGUAUAAUUACUGUGCUUGAAACUGGUAGUUUUUUGUCCUUUUUAACACAAGUGUGAUAGGCUCUCCACAAGUGUAAGAAGGAGUUGAAUAUAAUUCUUCCCAAAAUAAUUGUUGAUGA